AAAGCAACAUCCAUAGAUUAGAAAAGUAGUAUUAUUUUUCAAAUAUAUAAUUCAGCAGCCGUUUCCUUAAUCACCUGAACAAAGGUAUCGUCCUUCCAUGUGAUGAAUCCAUGGAGUUUUACGCAUACCCAUCUCAUUCUUUUCCCUCUUCAUCAUCAGCCUCGCCGGAAUCUUAUUCUUCACUCGGGUCUUUGGUCAAUAAGAUCAAAGAGUUCGUUCGGCGUGCGGUUUCUGCUGUAAUUGGGAAUGUUUUCUCUGCGAUUUUCACAUUUUUCUUUGCCUUGGUGGGUACCUUGUUAGGAGCAAUGACUGGCGCGCUGAUAGGUCAAGAAACGGAGAGUGGGUUUGUUAGAGGGGCUUCAGUAGGGGCUAUCUCCGGUGCUGUUUUCUCUAUUGAGGUCUUCGAAUCGUCUCUGCUUUUAUGGCAGUCAGAUGAAUCGGGGUUAGGGUGUCUCCUCUAUCUGAUUGAUGUCAUAGCGAGCCUUCUAAGCGGUCGACUUGUCCGUGAGCGUAUUGGUCCAGCUAUGCUUAGUGCAGUGCAAAGCCAGGUAAGAUGCCGCUCCUUGCUAUUGGACCGAAACUCAGAUCAAUUUGGUUUACUUACAAACGUUCCUCCUUUAAUUCAGAUGGGAGCUGUCGAAGCACCAUUUGAGGAGGAAGUCCCCAACAUCUUUGACACAGGUGGGGCAAAAGGUUUGUUGGUAGACACCGUUGAAAAGAUCCCAAAAUUUACCAUUACUAGAGACGACAGUGUAGAUACUUCCGGGGACAGAGUUUCUUGUUCAGUGUGCCUUCAGGACUUUCAGCUGGGGGAGACCGUCCGUCGUCUGCCACAUUGUCACCACAUGUUUCAUCUACCUUGCAUCGAUACUUGGCUGGUGAGACAUGGUUCUUGCCCAUUGUGCAGAAGGGAUCUGUGAUACAUGUUCUCUGUAUAUUACAUGGAAGACCAGUUCUUUGAUUCCUUCACACUUGCUUAUAGGGUGUCUCUAUUUGUUUGAUGGACCCUCUGUUGUAGAUUGUUCCCAUAUAGUGAUAUGUAUGUAAAUUCAGGCACCCAGCUUGUGUUUGCUCAUCGUGCUUGAUUGAUCAUCUUCUUGUAUAAAGCAAAUUUUGAAUUGUGAUGGAACUCUGACAUCCUGCUUAAAAGGGCUCUCAUGAACCUCCAA